AUGGUUAAGGGGGAUCCUGACUCAGCUCCAGUGCCAUCCACUGUGGUUUGCAUCAACAGCGAUCCUGACUCAGCUCCAAUGCCAUCCACUGUGGUUAGCAUCAACAGUGAUGUUAUCCAGCCGGAUUACGUUGCCUGGUCUACAUUUAACACAGUGUUCAUGAAUAGCUGCUGCCUGGGUUUCAUUGCCUACAUCUACUCGGUGAAGUCCAGGGACCGGAAGAUGGUGGGCGACAUGAUUGGGGCCCAAGCCCAUGCUUCAACUGCCAAGACUCUGAACAUCCUUGCUCUGACCAUCUCCGUCAUCUUCUACAUCAUGCUUAUCGUUUUACACAGACUAAAAUUACUAGGCAGCUAA